AUGAGAGAGCGGCGACGUGGUUUCGGCCCGCUGGGUGGUAUCGGCAGCAGCAGUGCAGUUGUGUUUGACUGCAGGCGGAUUCGAAGCACGCUGACGUCAGCAGAGCUGAUCCGAAGCACGCUGACGUCAGCAGAGCGGAUCCGAAGCACGCUGACGUCAGCAGAGCGGAUCCGAAGCACGCUGACGUCAGCAGAGCAGAUUCGAAGCACGCUGACGUCAGCAGAGCGGAUUCGAAGCACGCUGACGACGCCAGAGUGGCAAGCGAAGGUGCGUGUGCGCGCAGGGCAAGAGCGGGGCUCCGUGACUGAGAUGCCCACGGACGCUUCCGGCCAAAGGCGUGGCAUCCCUGCCAAGGCGUGGCAUCCCUGCCAAGGCGUGGCAUCCCUGCCAAGGCGUGGCAUCCCUGCCAAGGCGUGGCGGAGAGGGGCUCUGCCAGUAACCAUCCGACUCCUGACACGUCUCGGAAUCUGCCUCACCGUGGCAGCAGGGAGAGGAGACCAGAGGGGUCAGGCGACUGACCUCCAAGCAGCAGCAGCAGCACGGAGGGAAAGGAGCAAAACGACCAGUAUAGCACAUCUCCUCUUUGCUUGCGUCUAUGCUGUGUUCACUGCUGUGGUGCCGGUGCCUCCUGCACUGAGGCCCAAGGACACAGCAGCAUUCUUGCCACAGGGUGGUGCUGCUGUGCGAGUUAGCAUCCGCACCACAUGGCUCACGACAUGGCUCGCCAUAAGCAGUACGCAGCAGUCAUGCCAAGGGGUGGUGCUUCUCACGAGUGCUCUGCGAGGCCCAAGGACGCAGCUGCGUUGGCUGCUGUGGUGCCGGUGUGAGCCUCCUGCACCGAGGCCCAAGGACACAGCAACAGGCAUGCCAAGGGGUGGUGCUUCUCGAAGUGGUGCUGUGCAAGGGAGGAUCCGCACCACAUGGCUCGCCAUGGCAGUAUGGUACGUGGCUGGGCUGCGCUAUUGA